AUGCCAGAAAAUGCCGAGGUGCAGGCACAAAGUAAAUUAUUUCGCGAAUGCCGCGUCACAACGGCAAAGAUGCAUCAUUCAAUUAGCCGCAUCACUGGUGACUUGGAGGACGAGUAUUACAUGGAGCUCGCUUCGAAACUGCCCAUGUCAUCGGAAGAGCACGUGCGCUUCGUGGAAGACAAACUUUCACAAAACGAAAGCACGGAUGCUAUGAUGCGGCUAAUAUUGAAGUCAAAGGGCGCAAAAGGAAGUGUGGACGGCGUACUGCGUGGUAUGUUUUCUGACGAUCUACUGUACCACUACAAUUUAGAGGGACGCAAAGAGAAGGGAUCCCUACUAAAGCUAAAGGUCGUAGGGUUAGUUUUUGAUAUAUUUCCUAACAAGGAUAAAAACAUUAUCUGUGGGGAGCUCCGGAGGUUUGUGGCCUUAAGUCACAAUCGUUUUAAGCAAAAAAAGCAUAAACUUAAGACAAAAUUAAUAUAAGUUUUCUUAUUAUUACUUAUAUAUUGUUACGAAUUUACUCUUGCUAGUUUACUUUGUUAGGUUCGUAUCUCUGGAUUGACAAAUAAAAUCAACACUGUUUAAUUUAAUUCAACAACUCUUUAUUUCACAACUCGUCUACACUAUAGCAGUUUACUCUUAGCACUGAUUGAUUACGUUGGCGCUGCCACGGCUUAUAUAGCCACGCACUUAUCGCUGAUGCCGACGUGUCCUUCUAGAAUAUUGCGUCUGGAAAUACCAGAACAUAAUGUUAUACGGCGCCAGACGCAAGCAGACAGCCGCGGCGCCAGACUCAGCAAUUGUUUAAGUAGACAAGCAGACAGUGCGGCGACAGAUGUCUAUUGUUUCGCGGCGCCAGAUGUCUACAACAAGACAAAUGCUAUUCCAUAUACCUACAGCUAUUGUUCAUAAUAAGGGAUGCAUAUAGCAAUACAAAUACAACUUAAUACUACUUUUGUACAAAUGGGGCGAGCCUCUCCAAAUGUACUACUUUCAUUUUACAUCGUGCUUUUCCAUUUCUUUGUAUGCGGUAUACCACGUCAUUAAGUCGUUUCAUCACCAUAUAGGGUCCUUCCCAGGCUGUCUGCAGUUUCGGGGACAAGCCUUUCUUUCGAAGUGGAUUGUACAACAGGACCAGAUCACCUUCUUCAAAACCUUUUGAAUUUGCCGCUUGAUCGAACCGGUCCUUCAUCUUAUUGCUCAUCAGAUGCGUAUGCUGUCUUACCAUUAGAUGCAAUUCAUUCAUUUCUUCCUUUAAGGCAGAACAAUAAUCUCCAUCAUUUCUUACAGCUGUAGGAUUCGUUCCAAACUUAAGAUCAGCAGGGAGUCGCAGAUCAGAUCCGAAAAUAAUCUUUGCCGGCGUGUAACCAGUUGUCUCUUGCUUCGCUGAACGAUACGCCAGCACGAACAUCUGGAUGCACUUGUCCCAAUUCCGUUGGUCUUUAUCAACGAUUUUCCGCAGAUGUUCUUCGAGCGUUCCGUUGAAUCUCUCUACCAUCCCAUCUGAUUGUGGGUGUAACGCUGUUGUCCGUGUCUUGUGGAUGCCCAAUAAUGUACAAACUUCUUGGAAAAUGGAAGAUUCGAAAUUCCUGCCUUGAUCUGAGUGUAAUUCGACGGGCACUCCGAACCUUGUUAUCCAAUUUUCUACAAACGCUUCGGCUACGGUCUUCGCUUCUUGGUUUGGUAAGGCAUAUACUUCUGGCCAUUUACAGAAAUAGUCCAUGACAACCAGUAGAUAUUUGUUUCCGGCCGUACUGGUUGGGAACGGACCUGCAACAUCCAUUGCGACUCGUUCAAAUGGUGAUCCCACGUUGUACUGUUGCAGCCUACCGCGACUUUUGGCUUUAGGACCUUUAGCU